AUGCUUUCAGUUCAAGAGGUCAAAACUUCUGAUCAAUAUAUUACUUGUGAAGUGAAAUCCAAGGAUGGGAAAUUGUCAUGCUUAAUCACUGCAGUUUAUGCUCUGAACCAUAAUGUUGGCAGAAAAGCUCUAUGGGAGGAAUUGUUAUCAUUCAAAAAGAAUGUGGUUUGCCCCUGGUUGAUGGGUGAGGAUUUCAAUGCUAUUAUUAGUAGUGAUGAGAAAAUUGGAGGUUUCCAAGUAACUGAUACUGAUACUGAUGAUUUUCAAAGUUUUGUUACAGCUAGUCAAUUGAAUCACAUAAAAACUACAGGGUGCUUUUUCACUUGGAGUAACAAACAAAAUGCAGAUACAAGAGUCUGGAGUAGACUUGACAGGACUUUGGUAAAUGAGAAUUGGAUUCAUAAUUACACUACAAGUCAAGUGGAGUAUUUGAUGCCUCUUUGUUCUGAUCAUUCCCCAAGUCUUAUGACUAUUGGAGAUGAAAAUUUUGAUGGAAAGAAACCUUUCAAAUUCUUUAGUAUGUGGUCUAAACACCCUGAUUUCCCAGACGUGGUGAGGUCUGUCUGGAGCCAAAAUGUUAGGGGAUACAACAUGUACAAGUUUUAUUCUAAACUUAGAAAUCUUAAACAUGUUCUCAAAGAUUUGAAUAAGAAGAACUUUAUGGAUAUCAACCAGCAAGUGUUAAGAGCUAAAUCUGAUUUAUGCAGUAUUCAAGAGAAACCGAGUUCUGAUCUUUUCAAUCCAGAUUUGAUAUCAAAGGAAAAGGAUUGUAUAAAGAAAUAUGCCAAAUUACUGGAAUGUGAAAAUUCUUUCUACAGACAAAAAGCUAACAUUAAAUGGGGUUUGCAUGCUGACAAGGGAUCACAAUUUUUCCACUCAAUUAUGAAAUCCAAGAGACACCAAAAUAGAGUUUUAUCACUGUAUACUAAAAAUGGCACAAGAAUUACUGAAUUGCCUGAGAUUACAUCAGAAUUUGUUCAGUAUUACAAGAACCUUCUGGGCAAUGCUAAGGCCACUAUUGCUGUUGAUCCCAGGGUUAUCUCUAAUGGUCGUAUCUUAACUUCUAUCCACCGAAGGGAGUUGAGUUCCCCUGUUUCUAGGGAUGAGAUUAAGCAAGCUUUAUUCUCAAUGUCUGAUAGUAAGGCUCCUGGUCCUGAUGGUUUUAAUGGUUUUUUCUUCAAGGCUGCUUGGAAUGUCAUUAAUGAGGAUCUAUUUCUGGCGGUUGAAGAAUUUUUCGAUUCAGGUAAGCUUCUAGGCACCUUCAACACUGCAUCUAUUACCUUAGUGCCCAAGACUCUUAACCCAAGUUCAUCUACUGAUUUUAGACCUAUAUCCUCCUGCAAUGUUAUAUACAAAAUCAUCUCAAAAAUUAUUGCUAGCAGGAUGCAAAAAGUUAUGGGUUAUAUAGUCAAUGAUGCGCAAAGUGCAUUUGUGAAGGGGAGGCUUAUAUUCAGUAACUUUUUGUUAGCCCAUGAACUCAUAAAGCAAUAUGGGAGAAAAAAUAACUCCCUAGAGCAAUUCUGA